GGUCGGCGAAAAGAUGAGAUUCCGCCAAAAACAAAAUCCAAUUUGUAUCCUCGGAACGUUCGAUUUCAUGGUCACGACGCUGGCUAGGUCCGCUGCAGUUAAAAUCAUUUGCCCAUUGAGACGUAGUGUCGGAGGAUUGCGAUUGCACAGAAUGGAAAAGUGUUGCAUAGACAUUUUUCCCGUCAGAAAAAAAGUCCUCGUGAAUAAUCCAGCGAAAAGGUGGCUACAUUGCUUUCAGUCGCACAGCCGUCGUUGCCCGCCCGUGCGACAGAGACGGAAUGAAAGUGUCAAUGGUCGUCAAUACACGCGCAUCCAAAUGUCAGAUUCGGCAUAUACGUACAGGCAAUUCGUCGAGAACCGUCACGCACACACUGAAGCGUCGACUGGGUAAUUCGACUUUUGCUGUGCCAGGGAGCUAGCAAUUUCUGUCUUCAAAUAUUUCCGAUUUUCCGCGUUUUUUGAUAGUUCUUGAGUCGCGUUUUGAGUAGAAUCGACACGUCGACACCUCCGGAGGACACUUUGCCAGUCAUUUCGGCGAGGAUCGGCCGGGCGACAUGGAAACGUAAAGUUUCCCCCAGGAACACGGUCAAACAACACAAUCGCAAGACAAGCGUUUUAUAUUUGGCCGCAGCGACGAAAAAAAGGAUGAACGGCGGCGGAGUGGAUGGUGGACGUGGCGGACCGCCCGCUGGUCAGCCGGGACACAAAGCUCAGAAGAAUUUCAAGCUGCUGUUCGACCCGUACUUGGUAAAGGGCGCAACGAAAGUCUACCGUUUCGAUGGGGUCGUCCCCAACGACCCUACGUAUCCCACGGUGAAUCCAAGGGACCCCCGCAACCCGUUGGCACGCAUCCGGCAGAGAGUAGAGCCUCACGUCAUCCCCGUUCCAAGAUUCAAAAUUGACCAGAACUACAUCGGCGAGCCGCCCGCUAUCGAAAUAACCAUAACAAACAUCAAUGAUAACAUUGAUAAGCAGUUUCUGUCGGGGAUGAUGGAGAAGUGCGGGUCGUUCGACGAAUUGCAUAUUUACUAUCAUCCGGUGACGAACAAGCACUUGGGACUGGCGCGGGUCGUUUUCGAGAGCAUCAAGGCGGCGAGGUUGUGCGUGGAGAAGUACAACCAGAAAUCUGUGAUGGGAAAGGUUUUAAACGUUUUCCUUGAUCCAUUCGGCGAGAAGUGCAAGCAAAAUUUCGACAACUUAACCAAAGAAAAGAAACCACAAGCAUCCGUACAGCCGCCAAUUAAUCAAAUUCCUCCGCAAUCUCAACCACCUGUGGCUCAAGUAGUUCCACAUCCUUCAGCUCACCUUUCACUUGGAGCUGCUUCAGUAAGUGGUAUAUAUCGUAACGAAACUGUAAAAGCAGAAUAUCAUCAUUUGGAAUAUACUUCGGACGGCGUCACAGAUAUUCUCACAGCGUCGACAUCAAGCGCAGCGACAUAUUACCAUGAUCGUGAACGUGAAUAUGAUAGAUAUGCUUCGUCACACAGUAGAGAGCGAUAUGAGGAUGAUAGAGGUCGGGAUCGUGAUCGUCUUCGCGAGAAAGACCACGAUCGUUACUAUGAUAAAAAAGACAGUAGACGGUGGGAGAAGGAACGAAAACAUCAUCAUUAUCAUCAUAAAAGUGAAAGAGAAAGAGAGAGAAAAGGUCACAGUCGAGAGUUGGAUGGCGACCGAUGGGACAGUCACAGAGAUCGUGAAAGGAAAGAUAAAGAUCGAUAUUAUGAUCGAAAAGAUCGAGACCGUGAUCGUGACAGAGACAGAGAGCGGGAAAACUCCAAAUAUGGUCGUUCAUCAUAUGGAUCGUCGAAAGAUAGAGAAUAUUCCGAGAGAGAAUUCGCGGAACGAGAUUACGCUGGUAGAGAUUAUGGUCGAGAAUGGGAAUAUUCGAAAUUCGCUGAAAAAGGAUACAAGAACAACCAUGUCUAUGGAAGUGUUUAUUCACCAGCAGUGGUACCUUCCCCUGCUAACCCUUAUGCAGUGGCUCCACCGCUGCCUCCUGAUCCCAGUGUAGUAACGUACAGCUUCCAGCAUCCGCCUUUGCCCGUACAAUCAGCUUGGCCCACUUCGAUGGCAUGGAGUGGCGAAGCAGCUCCAAUUCCGCCUACAGCCACCGUUCCUUUACCGAUUAGUUCUGCGCAAGAGUCGUGGGAUGAUGUCCAACAUAAUUGGGGUGAGGCUAAACCACCUUUACCCAAUCAUGAACCUCCGAAAUCUGCAAAUAGUCAUAGUUGGGAUGAUGUUAAACCUCCUCCUCCUCGAAAUCAUUCACCAGCUGGCGACGAAACCCCUAAUUGGGAUGAUGACCUAGACAAUUCAAAGCCCACAAUCACCCCUAGUAAAAUAUCGUCUCCAAUCGAAAUAGAGAAAAAAGACAAAGUCGUAGCGGCUUCUUCUCCUCCUAAAAACGAAGACGAACAUUCAAAUGUGGAUUUGGAUACGAGAAUUGCAAUGAUGUUCAAGGAAAAAUCGUUCGGAACGGCGCCACCAUUUCUCCAACUUGAAAGCAGUGAUUCUGAAAAUGAAGGGACUAAUAAAAAGGCGGAAGAAGAGGAUACGAAACGGGGUAUAGAAAACGCUUCACAAGCUGGAUCGACACCUCCGUACAAGAAUUCCACAGAAACAGAUCCGCAUUCGAGGCGGAAACAAUCGAAGAUUAAGAAGAAGGAGAAGAAGAAAUCGAAUGGUGAUGACGGUGCCAGCGAUAUAUCCUCUAGUGAAGAUGAAAUCCUUCUCUCGAAAGGUUCAUACAGUCCGUCUCGGCCUGCCCAUGGAAUCAAAAAGGACGAAGACAAAAUGUCCUUAUCUAGUCUUUCUUCGAGUGACGCUAAAGUGCACGUUGAUGAGAGGCAGGGACCCCUUGCACCUUUUCCGCCUGGAUCGAAGGAGCAUUCACUCAUGUCUAGUUAUAUUUAUCCGCCAGGAGCACAACCCUACUACUAUGGAAGCUAUGACCCUUACCAAACUUCGCAUUACCUAACCCAUCCCAACUAUAUGCCCGCCUAUAUUCCUGGUUUUCAACAUUUGAUGCCGCAACAGAUGGAGGGAAGUCAAUAUCCUUCAUCGCACAAUCAGUACAGCGGACCUGCCAAAUCACGAAACGAUUACAUAUUUGAUAGCCUCGUGAAAGGUACGGAUCCCUAUGUGGCAACUAUCAAAGAAGUGGUGAAACGUUUCACGGAGGAAUUGAAGCAAAUCCUGAAAAGAGAUUUCAACAAGAAAAUGAUCGAGAACACAGCAUAUAAAAAGUUUGAAGCGUGGUGGGAUGAGCAAGAGCGCAAUAAAAACAAUAAAGAGAGUCUCUCUAACGACACGACGACUCAAACUUCCGUGAGUGUAAAGGUUGAUAAGGCCCCCGAUAUCAACCAGCUCAUAAAUAGCAAUCGUGAUAAUUUAGAUUUUAGUGGGUAUUCGGGAUUGGGACUGAGGGCAUCAAUCCCGAAGCUUCCUUCUUUCAGACGAAUACGAAAACAGCCGACCCCUGUCAGGCAGGAUGAAGAAGAUUCUCAGAAGCAGCUUAGCGAUCAAGAGGACAUGGUGCAAGCUUCAGAUUCUGAGAAGGAGGAUGAUAAUGCAAUGAAGGGCAAGAUAAUUUACACUCGCCCCACUGAAGCAGAGAAUGUACCAAGAAAACGCAAGGGCAGUACGUCAAGCUUCUUUACAACGUCCAGUGAAGAGGAGGAAGAAUCCAGUGAUUCUGAAAUCGCUUCCGACACAAGUUCCAUAUCCGACGAUGAGCUUGAAAUCCGAAAAGUGCACCGUAAAGAAGGCAGAGAAAAGAAAAUUUACUCAGAUUCAGACAGCGGUAAUGAGAAUUCGUUCGCCCAAAAUCAUGCUGCCAAGCCGAAAAUUUAUUCAGAUUCAGAUUCGGAUGACGAUAAACCAGGAAAGGCUAAGAACUCCGAAAAUAAGCUUCUAGGAUCUCCAGAAUUCGAUGAGAUUAGCAAAGAUGGGUCGUUUAGCCCGAUUUCGAAACCGCCGCCAACCCCCGGGCGUGAAUCUCCAUCAACGACUACCGAUGAUGCCGCGGCUCCGAAGAAAUCUAUUUUCGAAUAUGAUAGAAUCUACAGCGAUUCGGAAGAAGAGCGAGAGUACCAGGAGAGGCGGCGAAGAAAUACUGAGUACAUGGAGCAGAUCGAACGUGAAUUCCAAGAAGAGCAAGCAAGAAGGCAACGAGAAGAAGAGCAAGAAAAUAAACCUAAGGAUUCACUGACGCUUUCACUCAAAGAAGGAGGUUUGCCUAGUCCUGACAUUCCACUCACACCAGACAUCACGAAGAUCCCUCCGACUCCUGGCGCGAAAUUAGGUCUAUCAAUUCCGAGUAGCCCAUUCGAUAUCAUUCCGCCAAAGGAAAAAGAAAAGGAGAAGCCACCGCGUACCAAGAAGCUUACAAAAACAAGGAACACCGAACCGAUAUCCAAGAAAGCUGCUGCUGCGAAAGCACAAGAUAAAAACAAAGGAAAGAGCAAAGAGAAAGAUAAUAGGGAAAUUAAUGGAAUUUCACGAACAUGUCUUGAAAUGGAUAUUCUUGAUGAAGAAGCGUCGAAAGCAUCCCCGGCUUCAUCCGAUGGAGGGUCGAGUCAAGCAAGUCAAGUCGCUCUUGAGCAUUGCUAUUCUCUACCACCAACAGCUUCGCCGCCUCCUGAACCUUUCAAUAAUUCUGAUGCAACUACACAGAAACUAGGAGCAGAUCUUCUUGCCCAUGAUCACGGAUAUACCACUUCUCAGACGGUUUCCGCAGUUCCUGCUGUAGUUGAGCCACCACCGCCAGCUCCUGCUCCUACUACCACGAAAGCUAGUCGGGCGAAGAAGGAAACCAGCAAGGCUAGUAAAAAGAAGGAGGAGGAAAAACCGAAGAAGGCGGAAAAGAAGAAACGUGAGCCAUCACCUGUUCCUAUUGAAGAGAUCAAGCGGAAGUUCGUUCCAACUGAAAAUUAUAAACCUCGUGAUGUGCGCGGCGAGAUGAUGAUGCUCUACGAGUUUCUCACGAAAGGUAUUGACACUGAAGAUAUUGAGUAUCUGAAGCGAAGCUAUGAGUAUCUUCUACAGGAUGAUGCCAACAGUUAUUGGUUGAAUGCGACUCAUUGGGUUGAUCAUUGUCAAACAGAUCGUACGUAUUUGCCUCCGCCACCACUGAAGAAGCGUAAAAAGGACGAAGAAGUGCAUCGUCAUACAACAGGCAGUGCCCGUACUGAAGGCUUCUACAAAGUUGAUGUGAAGGAAAAGGCAAAACAUAAAUAUCAUCACGCGAAGACCUACGAGACCGAACGAUCGCGACAGGAAGCAGAGGAUCAAGGCUUAGCGAAAGCCGUUACUAAAAUGCAGGGAAUAUCUCGCGAGGCGAGAUCAAAUCAACGGCGUUUGUUGACUGCCUUUAGUUUAAUAGCCGAAUCCGAUUUGUUGAAAUUCAAUCAGCUGAAGUUCCGCAAGAAGAAUUUGAAAUUUGCCAAAUCGGCCAUUCACGACUGGGGAUUAUUUGCAAUGGAACCGAUUGCUGCCGACGAAAUGGUUAUUGAAUACGUGGGACAGAUGAUUCGUCCUGUUGUUGCUGAUCUCAGGGAAGCCAAAUAUGAAGCGAUCGGUAUAGGCAGUUCGUAUUUGUUCAGGAUCGAUAUGGAAAGUAUCAUUGAUGCGACGAAAUGUGGAAACUUGGCGAGAUUUAUAAAUCAUAGUUGUAAUCCCAACUGCUAUGCAAAAGUUAUUACGAUAGAAUCUGAGAAAAAGAUUGUCAUUUACUCAAAACAAGCAAUCGGAGUGAACGAAGAAAUCACCUACGAUUACAAAUUCCCUCUGGAAGAUGAGAAGAUACCGUGCCUGUGUGGUGCGCAGGGUUGUCGUGGAACACUCAACUAAACUGAUAUUUUCUCCGUCAGAGUCCAACAAUUGCAUUGUUAUGUUAGAAUGGAAACAAGUGUUUGAAAAGUAUCUGAGAAAAAGUUAAUUUUGCAAUAUUUAGUUAAUAUUAUUCACCUGUGUUGACCCACAUUGACCUUCAUUCAGUUUCAUCCUUUCUUCAAUUCACAUCUAUGUACAUUACGUCCUUAGAUAUAGUACAUUUUUCUAUUUAUUGGAUUGUAAUAGUGUUUAAAACAAUAAUGAAAACAAUAGUUGAAA